UGCGGCACCUACGUGCAACCCGCAGUUUGUCUCCGGCUCCGACGAGGCCCAUGCUUGGUCAUUGGUACCUUAUUGAAACACCAUUACUUCGCAACCGUCCUUCUUCCGCUACUAUUGUGCUUCGUGACCGACGGCGCAGUCCGGCAUAUCCGCUGAGGUGCUGUGUAGCUCCGUUGGGCCAGGCCCGGGGCCGAGCAUUCGGGUAGACUAGCUUCACUUUACAUAGAACAAAAUUUAAACGUGCGAAACACAGCGUAACGUUUACAUCUGUUCAGCGUCCAUUACUUGGCAGAGUCCAAGACCCAUCCCGUCUGCACUCCACUGAGUAAUGCCCGGUUGCAUGGACCACGAAACAUGACUGUGUCGUACAUUAAGGAAUUAUUAACAGAUGCUGACUAUGGAUAUGUGGAAGGUGACUCGCACACUCGGUGACUCGGUACGUCUGAAAACUUGAGUGCGUGAGUGCCCAACGAGGGGGAGGACUGGCAACUGGGAGGCCAGUAAAG